AUGUAUCGACGAUUACGUUCCCUAAUUAAAAAUAUAGCCAUGUCAACGUCAAAUGCCGAAGAGGCAAAGGUUACUCAACAAACACCACUACAAGCUGCUUCAUCUUCUGCUGAAUCAAACUCAUUCAACUACACCACAGAGGGAAAAGCGACCAUCUUGACCCCUAAAAAAGAUGAAGUGUUUUACAAUCCAAUUCAACAAUUCAACAGAGAUAUCUCUACAUUGUCGAUCAUUGCAUAUGACCAGUUCCGUGCUGAACAGAAUGAACAGAAGAAUAAAAACAAAAACAAGAAACGUAAACUACUCGGAUUAACCAUUUUGGAAGCAUUAUCAGCUUCAGGAUUGAGAUCAUGUCGAUAUGGAUUGGAAAUCCCCAAUGUUUACAAAAUUGUGGCUAAUGAUUUAUCACCGGAUGCAGUUACUUCCAUCAAUAGAAACAUUGAACAUAAUCAACUUACGGGGAAAGUUGUUGCCAACCAGGGUGAUGCAAUCAAAUUUAUGGCGUCAACAACAAACAAAUUCAAUAUAGUUGAUCUUGAUCCAUACGGUACUGCAUCUCCAUUUCUCGAUUCAGCAAUUCAAUGUAUAGAAGAAGAUGGAAUGUUGUUGGUUACAUGUACCGAUGCUGCUGUUCUAGCAGGAAGUGGGUACCCAGAAAAGUGUUUUGCCUUGUAUGGUGGAAACAACUUUGGCAAUUCAUAUAUCAAUAGUGAAACAAAUCAUGAAGUUGGGAUUCGAUUGAUGUUGCAGUCAAUUGCAGCCACUGCGGCUAAAUACAAGAAAUCAAUUGAGCCAAUGUUGAGUUUGAGUAUUGAUUAUUAUUUUCGAGUUUGGGUAAAAGUAAAGACAAGUCCGAUCAAGGUAAAGACCUUAGCAAGUGAGACUAUGCUAACUUAUGGAUGCAAUGGCUGCGGACACAAAGUGGUGCAGCCAUUGGGAAUUCGAAAUGAUAACAAAUACAUCUAUCCCAAGCUAGUGGGACAGGUGAAUAGUCACUGUCAAUAUUGCGGUAGUACGCAUACUGUUGCCGGACCAAUGUAUGCUGGUCCAUUACACAACCAAACUUUUAUCAACAAGAUUCUCCAACUUAACGAGAAAUCUGAUAAAGAAAUAUACAAGACAUCAGAACGUAUAAAAGGGAUGUUGACCCUAGCACAAUCGGAAUUGAAUACAGUGCCAUUCUUUUACAACUUAAACCACUUGAAUUCAAUUUUUAAAUCACCGCCAAUAUCAAUUGGCGAAUAUAGUAAAGCAGUGGGGAACUUGGGUUACAAAUUGAGUUUAACUCAUGCCAAGAAGAAUUGUAUCAAGAGUGACAUACCGUGGGAAAAGAAUCUUGAGAUUAUUCGUCAAUGGACAAUAAAACAAAAUAAGGCAUACAUUGAAGAAAUGAAAUCGAAAUUGGAAACACAAGGUUCAUUGAAUGAAAAGAUUACUGAAAAAUUGGCCAAAUUGGGUCAAGACAUCACUUAUAGUCCUAACUUGAAUGAGAAAUCUGUGGGUGCGCAAAUACUCAAUUAUUUCAAAAGAAAAGAAACUGGAACAGAUGGCAAUGCUAUUGAUUUUGAUACGUCUAAUGAUGAAAGCGACAAGAUUCUGAAAUUGCGCAAGGUGAAAAUGGUUAGGUUUCAAGAAAAUCCAACAAAGAAUUGGGGUCCAAUGGCAAGACCAAAGUAA